UUUACGCGCGUGUGUAAAAAGCAGCUCCCGUCGCGGACCACUGGAUUCCUUCCUCUCAUCUUCUGGAAAUGGCGUUUGAUUGAAACGAACUAGCCGACUGCAACAGCCCCGGGGGAACGCACAUAAAAAAAAAAAACUCCGUCAAGGAACACCGCCGUCCGACACACGUGCAACUCAUUUCGGUGACUGCGCGCUGUCACGGCGCUUUUCCGUUUAGAAGGAAGUGAUGGAGAAGGAAAGUUUCUGACGCCUCUCCUCUCCGUGUUGUCGGGUCUGCUCUCUGCUCGCAGGAAAAGUUGGAGUUGGGUUUCUUUUUCGCUCGUCCUCGUCAUAACGCACGGAUACACUGUACAUCUGCACGAUCUGUAUAUGGAUUCGGGAUUAAUAAGGUGAAAUGUCUCAGGAUUGGAAAUGCAGCUCCACGCCUGCCUGUUGCUUUUUAUGAUCACAACAGAUAAAACAUUGGCCUCGCUGCACCACCACUGUGGUGGAGAUGUCAGCCUGGGCCAACAGCCAGCUGGUCACAUCACUCUCACUUUACCGGGACUCUCUACUGACGCCAACAACACCCCCGACCCCAUGAAGCACCAGUCUGACAGAACCCCAACGGUUUCACUUUGCACCUGGACGAUAGGUGUUCCUCUGGGUCGGGCGGUACUUUUAAAGUUUGUGUGGUUGGACGGUGGUUCAAGCGUAAAAGUGCGCUGUGUUUCGAACGAGGAAAAUCGGGUCCCGGAGAGCGGGGGGACGACUCUGCUCGCCCACUGUGAUGGCGACAAAGCCACCUUCACUUGGACAGGAGCAGGCCGCUCCUCGAAUGAAAUGCAGCUGUCCUAUUAUGUCCAGGAAGAUGAGAGGAAUUCCUCGGAGGACCACACCAGUCCACAUUCAGAUCUCCUGCGUCGGUCUUGGACAGGAACCAGCUUUACAAGCGGCGCUUCUGUUGGUCAAGACGUGGUGAGGAGGACAGACGGGGGCAGAGGUCGCCUCUUUGAAGGUCUGGAGGGGAGCUCUGGGCCUCGGUCUGCGUCUAGUCCCUCCUCUCAGGACCAGGGGCCGCUCCGCCCCACUUCACCCCUGCAGGGACUCACUGUGGCUGGGAGAGCCGAUAGGGAAACUCUCCCUCUUCCUGAGGAAGAACCAAACAAUGGAGCGGAUACAUCUGGAGCUGCUCACCUCGCUGAUGGAAAAAUAUCUACCAGAGAGAGAGCACGCCCCUAUUUUCAGCCCACAGACUCGCUGUUUCACACAUCGCACACGGCAAACACGGAGAAAAAAUCUGGCAACGAGCGCUCUCAAACCCAGAUUGCUGCGACGCCUGCGACGCCCAUUAGCUCCAACACCUUGCUUGGCACAUAUACAGCCACUCCGACAUCUAAGCUAUCUACAAACACACAAGCUCGCUCCAGCGCCAGAGUCCCACCUCUCAACUCUUCUUCACCUUCCAGGACAACCUGGGAGAGUGAUACCGUCCUGAUCCCACGUGUUGGAGCCGUUAGUGAGGCGUCUGGAGGGGAGCGCCCCCAUUCCUGGAGGAGCCAGCGAAACACAGACAGACUUAACUCUGAUCUGAGCUCCGCCGUCACCUCUGAUCCUCUAAGAUCCCCCACCGAACCUCAGCAGGUGGACUCGCACACUCAUAUUGAACCCACUGCGCCGUCGCCGUCAUCCUCACAGGCCUCCAGCGGGACUCAUUCAUCCGCCGCCCACAUCGCAGAGCUAGGAACCGCUGUCAGUGCCGCUGAGGCCGCUUCAUUCCGUCUAAACACGAGUGGAACUGACUCAUCUGCAUCGGCUGGGUCAGAGGUCAGCGAUCGAACUGCUGCGUUUGAGUUUUCUGACAAGCUUGGGAUGCUUCACACUUUCACUUCCUCCACGCAGAGUCAAACAAACCCUCCACAUAGCACAGAGGGCGGUGAGAGCUCGCCACCUCCCGACACGCCGUCCGCGUUCACACAGACGAGCGAAGAAGAGACGCGCGCGGCAUCGCGGAGUGCGCGCGGACAUUUUGCCGACACUACGUCCUCCUCGCCUGGCAUCACCGGAGAUCAUGACGGGACUUUAAGUUUCACGGGUUCCUCUUCUGCACCGCUGACGUCGGGAGAUGUAGUCCAGACCUCCGCUACCACAGGAACAACUAAAGACACUGAAACACACACCUUGCGUCCCACUCACACACUCAUACGUGACAGCUCGCCCACAAAUUCAACGACUCCUGUUCCUCCUUUGUCGGCCAGUACGUCCACACGCUCAUCGACACCUUCAUACACACUCCAAACACACACUGCAUUACCCGGUCGCUCACAUUUAACUCGCACACCACUUCCUUUGCCCUCCUCCACCAAUGAAUCCGCUGCACACACGCCGCUCAUCGACCACGAAACCACGCCUGCGCCCUCGCAAACAAUCCAAUCGACAUCUUCACGCACACCUCGGACGCCGAACCACCUGCCUUUGACGUCUCCUACUAAUGUCCCAGUCACGCUCACACAGCCCCGCAACUACAUCACUACCGAACCGACGUCUCCGCUCUCGCUCACAACUGCAACAUCUGAUUAUGGAUAUGGAGGUGGAGAGGUAGAGGACGUAGAGAGAGAGGAUGAGUCUCGGCAAAGGUUUCCAGGCAGCACAACCGCGCAAACUCUCACGGCCGGAGCUCCAUCCUGGACCACAACGCAUCCCAGCCAGGAGAAGCGUUUCAUACCUUCGGUUUUGAGCCCCACAACUACUCAGACACCCACGUUCUACAUCAUGCCGGACCAACCUUCAGCCAUCAGAGUGGAGUCAAUUGAGCUGCUGCUGCAGAUCGUUGUGGAAGAGUCCAGAUCGGCUUUUACUUCUGGUUUGGAGGAAGACACCGCUGCCUGGGUGGAGCCGUACCUUCAGAGAGCCCCAGGGUUCAGCAGGCUGCUGGGAGUCUGGAGCAGUGGCCAUGCAGUGCAGAGUCUGGUGGAGUUCAGAACCAGCGGGGCUCUGCAGUGGCUCGGCAUGACUGGACCCGCGUCACUGUUGGAACGAACAGGACUAGCUCGGGCUCUGUGCGAGGGGAGGAGCUUCAGAUCAUCCAAGAUCACCAACAUCACACUGGGAGGUCUGCAGGGUGAUGUGUGCGACUGGUUGCUGCAGUGUCCAGCGGGCUACAAGUGUGUGUUUAAUCCUGCCACUUCAAACUAUAGCUGCUCUUCCGUCUGCAACUUUGACUACUGCCACCACCACGGCAUCUGUACUCACCACCCGGGCCAGCUCCCGGUUUGCCGAUGCCUCGUAGGAGAGGACUUCUGGUACAUGGGUCAGAGGUGUGACGUGAGGAUGACUCGAGCGCGGCUCGCGGGCGGGUGUCUUGCCAUCCUCCUGAUCAUGGUGACGGUGAUUGGCGUUUUGGCCCUUGUUGCAGUGCGACGCUACCGAGCCAUUCUGAUCCAGGCCAAAGUGGAUCAGACUCGGAGCAGCUAUCGCCGGUUCAACCAUUUUGAUGAGCUGUCAGGACGGUUCUGGUUGCGUUCGUGGGCAGGAUCAGCAGACUCGCUAGACAAUCCGGCCUUUACGCGCUCCGAUGAGUUGCUGCACCUGCGGGCGCUCGACCGCCCAUGCUGUUACCACGACGACACACUGUCGCUGGCCUCCACCUGCCCGAGUCACGGGGCUCGCAUCAACACAAUCUACCCACACAGCUCUCAGUACGGUUGGAGGGGAAGCGAGAUGAGCAUGGGGGAUGGGGUGUUGGACUCGGGGAAGGCCAGUGACCUUUCAGUCUGUAGCUGGCCCGUGGAACCCAUUCAGUGGACUCCAUUCCCACUUCUGCAGCAACUGGCCUCCCACAGGACACCCACAGUGAGGGUGUCGAGGCCACGGUCCUACUGUGAAGGCAUGGAGCUGGUGGACCUGGGAAAGAGCUGGACUGCUUGACACUCCAUAAAGAAGAAUAUAAUUAAAAGUUGACACUGG